GAUGGUAUUAUAAUCGUUCCUCUUCUUUCAUCUCGUUUCAUUUAUAUUUAUUUUUUCGGCCAUUUGCACUUUCUCCUAUUGUUUUAAAACAUUUUCGUUCCGUAUUUAUUUACGUUCGGUGGAAUUUUCAAAAACAAAGCAAAUUAAUUGCGUACCAGUGAGCAUGUGCAAAUUCCAAGAUAUAAAGCAAUUUCGUGUAAAAUCAAAAAAAUGUUUUCAAUUAAAUUUGUUGAUUGGAACCAUUGAAGCAUAUAGCGGAGGUUGUCAAACAAUAUAUGUUAUAAUAGAAGAUACACCAUUCCACCUAACUUAUUUUAACACACGAAAAAAAUAAACAAAUGUUGUGAAGAUGAGCUCGUUGUUGGUAGUAGUCAAUGAUUUUACCCAAACAAUCAGUGCCAAUUUAAAGCGGUAGUGAAGGGAUAUGAAGAUGACUGCAACGGUAUAUAUCAUAUCAUCCAAUGUGUAUUUUGUUACAAUAAAAUCGUGAGCUUGCAUCAAUUGAAUUAAUUUGCCAAUCGAAAAUAGUUAUAUUCAACGCGAUCCAAAAUAAACUCUCUCGCAACAAAAGUUAAUCGAUUUCGUUUUGAAUUCUGAUGUUUAGUGAUUGUUAACUUGUUGAACGAGUCAAGCAAUUCAGUUAUCGAGUAAUGGGUCAUGCUGUCGUUGUGUGGGAGUUUGAAUCCAACAAUGGAUGGUUAUCAUACAGUCCGGCAGUGUCGCAAUAUUUGGAGAGGGCGCACGGGAAGAAAUUGACAAGGGUGCUGCUCAGCGAUGCAGAUCCGAAAUUAGAUCAAAUUUAUGUGAAUGUUAGAACUAUGGUUCAGUGUACAGACGAUAUAGGAAUUGGAACCAUUAACGUUCGACGAAAAAUGUACAAACCAACAUCACCAGCUGGACGUGGAACCAAAUGGGAAUGGGCUAGCUCCGGAAAAGAUUGGAUCAGCUACAAUAUGGAAGUACAAUGCAUUAUUGAAGAAGCAUGGGCCAAGGGCGAACAGACACUGGAUUUGGGAAAGUCUAAUCUCGGACUGCCAUACACAAUAAAUUUUUGUAAUUUGACUCAAGUACGACAUCCGAAUGGCCCUAUACGAAAUAUACGUCGGGUACAACAAGCACCAUAUCCCUUAGUUAAAAUCACAUCGCAAUCGAAUCCCUCUACUCCCAUCAUGGAUCUGAGACCCACUUAUGCCACCAGUUUACAAAAUGUCAAUCAAACGAUACCAAAUAUUUCCAUAAAGCCACCAACCAAAUACAAAAUAUCACCGACACCCCCACCUGCAAUAACUGCCACAACUUCAACGUCUACGAAACGUGCACUGAAACCGGCCAAAUCAAAACUUAAUUUAAAUUCCGAUUCGAACACGAUGACAACGCCAGCCAAUUUGGCUCGACAAAUUUUGAAUAAUUUAAACAUUUUCGGCACAAAGUCAGGCUCGUCAUCGACCAAUCAACAUCAACCAUCAACAUCGGCGACUAUAGCAAACGGUCGAGAGCUAUCGUAUCAGCGAAAUAAUUCCAAUCGUUCGCGAUCGUAUUCACGUUCACGGGACCACUACUCGGACGAUUUGUCCAGCCUGAAAUCGUCUCGCCGACCUAGCGUCGACACCGUAUCCACGUAUCUGAGCCAUGAAAGCAAAGACAGUGUACGAAGUCGAAACGUUGGGUCCGUAUCCGAUUUACUAGACUGUUCCAUCGGCAGUGACGAUGUGUUUUCACCUCCACAAAUGGCUGGAUCUAUUGUUGGUGUUGACGCAGCCAGUGAUACAAUUAGUAGAUUUGUCCGCGUCGUUAAUCCACCAAAGAAUCCGAAUGCUCAUCCAUGUCCAAUGUGCCUAGAAGAACUGCGUCACAAUCCGCAAAAUCCAGCCAUAUCGUUAAGUCGUUGCCAGCAUUUGAUGCAUUUGCAAUGUCUGAACGAACUCAUUAUCAGCCAGCAGGAUAAUGUGCAAAAUAUGUACAUUGAGUGUCCGGUGUGUGGUAUCGUUUAUGGUGAAAAAAUUGGUAACCAACCGAAGGGGACAAUGUCAUGGAUCAUAAUACCAAAAAGUUUACCGGGACACGAAGGACAAAACACAAUACAAAUUGUUUACAACAUUGUGUCAGGAAUACAGACUGCCGAACAUCCACAUCCAGGUCGUUCAUUUUUUGCUGUUGGAUUUCCAAGAACAUGUUAUUUACCGGACUGUCCGUUGGGUCGCAAGGUUCUUCGUUUUCUAAAAAUUGCCUUCGAUAGACGACUCCUAUUUUCGAUUGGCCGCUCCGCCACAACUGGUCAUGAGGAUGUGGUGAUUUGGAACAGUGUCGAUCAUAAAACACAGUUUUCAAUGUUUCCAGAUCCAACAUUUUUGCAGCGAACAAUGACCCAAUUGGUUCAUUUGGGUGUAACGGAUUGAGGUAUUUGAGUUAAAAUUAUUUUUUUGUUUAGUAUUCCCCGCAUUUUAGGUUUACGUUUAAAUGUGAUAUUUAAAAAGUGUAAUAAGGCCAUGCCAGCGUAUACGCCUUCGCAAACCCAACAGCAUUUAGCAUUUUAUUAAGGAUUUUCAGUUUUUCCUUUCUAUUUUAUGUAAAUUUUAUGAAAAUUAAUCGCACCUGUUCUAAUCGUUCACAUAAAGUUUAACGUAGGGCAUUAGAAAUGAAAGAAGUUAUUUCCUGUCGAUUCAUUCGAAACGAACUGAAUGCACUUCAAAUUGGCUAGGUCAAUAGUUUGUUUCGCUAACUGGGAACAUCGUUUCUCCGUUCUAGAUUUUUCAUGUGUAAAUUUCGUUAUUAAAAACUGGCUACAAUACUAACAGAACCAGAGCCUACGGGCUUUGUCGUCCCUCAUCGGGUCGCGGAUGGAGACUGAUGCAAUGUUGUUAGAUUUUGUAAGAAUAUUUUUUCUAUGACUUUUUCGUUUGAGCGGGGAAAGCCCUACUGUAUUUCUCAACCGUCACGCAUCUAGAAAAUUCAAAUUGGUGUCACAGAUAACAUAUACAUUACUAGGACUCUUCUAACGCUCAAAAGCAGAGGUUUUAGUCUUGUUUACUAAAUUAUAGUUACCGGCUCUAGGAGUAAUUAUUAAGCCAAUUUAGUAACUUUCUAUUUACAUAUCUACGAGAAAAGAUUAAAAAAUGCCAGUCGGUACCGAAAACUCGGUUUUUAAGUGUGCGCACGGAAAGUUCGAACUUAAUUUUAUUAGCAGUUUCGUAAUCAGGGGUCAAUUCUAGAUGUAACAGUAACAUACCGCCAGGCCUUAAAAUUUCAAAAAAAAUUUGCAUAAAGAUUACACUCUGAGUACGGUACAACCACUAAAAUAAACAUUCUUCAAAAGGCGCCCAGUAAAAUAUUUUAAAUUCAUGUCAAAACUACUUGUGGAGAUCCCCUUUCGUGAUUUCAUGCAAAAGUAGCGAAGGCUCAUGACCUUUCAA